AUGCGAAAGAGGAUUGUGCUGAGUAAUACUAAUGCGCUGGAGGUGCAGGGGUUGAGGGAGUUGGAUGCGGGGUUGGGAGAGACGAAUGGGGAAGAGGUUAUCGGACAGGUUGUGGGCUUGAUGGGGAGUACGGUUGAUAGUCUCAGAGCUGUUGAGGCGUUUAAGACGGCGCAGGGAUGGGGGCUUUUUCGACGGCCUGGGUUGUUGGUUAGAGAGGAGAGUGUGGCGCUUUCUAGGAAGCUGAUCAUGAGCGAGGAGGGGGAGAUGCUGAGACUUGUGAUAGAUGGGGAGAGAGGGACGGGAAAGAGUUUGAUUUUGUUGCAUGCUAUGGCUACAGCGUUCGUGAGGGGGUGGGUUGUGCUAAAUAUUCCUGAAGCACAAGAAGUCACCAACGCAAUGAACGACUACGCGCCCCUUCCAGGCACCACCCCAACCCUGUUCUCCCAGCCAACAUACACGGCCAACUGGCUCUCCCAAAUCAACAAAGCGAACACCACGCUCCUCCAAGACAUGGAACUCAGCCUAACGCACAACUUGCCCAUCCCACUACAGUCCAACAUCUCGCUCUCUCGUCUAUGCGAGCUCGGCGCCCGCGACCCAGACGUCGCGUGGCCUGUUUUCCAAGCCUUCUGGGCGGAACUCAUGGCUAAAGGACGACCACCGGUUUUGCUGGCUUUGGAUGGGCUGAAUAAUGUGAUGCGAGAGUCAAUGUAUAGGGCGCCGGAUACUAGUUUUGUGCAUGCGCAUGAUUUGGCGAUUGUCAACCAUUUUGUGGGGUAUUUGUCUGGAGAGAGGAAACUGGGUAAUGGCGGCGCGGUAAUUGCGGCGACGAAUAGGAGUCAUGCGCCCAAGUCAAAGAGUUUGGAUUUGGUGUUGACGCAGCUUGAGGAGAGGCAGCUGGGGGAAGAGGAGAUUACUGAGAAGGAUCCGUUUGAGAAGGGGUAUGAUGGAAGGGUUGAGUGGGCUUUGGGUGUUAAGGAUGUUUUGAAGCUGAAGGGGCUGAGUAAGAAGGAGGCGAGGGGCCUAAUGGAGUAUUGGGCUAAGAGUGGGGUGCUGAGGAAGAGGGUUGAUGAGGAGGAGGUUGCGGAGAAGUGGGCGUUGGCUGGCAAUGGGGUUGUGGGUGAGAUUGAGAGGGGGGCGUUGAGGAUGAGGAUUUGA